CCCAUCCUGCCUUUCGCGUCAGCUCAGCUGAUCUGGUCACAUCGUUUGUGUGUGCUCUUCUGUUUUCCUUGUUCAGCAAACGCGAGUGACAGAUAUCACACGACUCGUGUGCAUGUCGAUUCGGUAAGACACAUCACCCAUGACCGUGCAUUGUUGAAUCGGCAUCGCGACAGAAAAACGCAGAACAAACAUGUGUGUGAAGCACGACUAACCGAAGCCAGAGAAGCCAUGCUGGCCACCCAAACACCUGAGAGCGGCCCAGAGGCAAAAGAUGUCAAACAGUGGAUCAAGGAAAAGAUCGCACGGAUGCUAAAAGCCCUGCAGAAGCGUUACAUCACCACGGACACGGCGGUCACCAGCGAGGACCUGGAAGCAAACCUGCUAUGUUGUGCUUUAGAGGCGGUUUUCAUCCAUGGACUCAAGAGCAAGUUCAUCAGAUUUGAUGGAGGUAACUUGCGCAAAGGAGGAUCACGAGGAACACUUCCUCAGCCUGUCUUCUGGAGCCUGUUGAAGACCGUCACACACAGGGAUGUAGUUCAAGAACUGGAACGUCUAAGCUUCAUAAACUCAGACGUUGGUCGCUGCAGAGCAUGGGUUCGCCUGGCUCUAAAUGACGGGCUUCUGGAGUGUUACCUGACCUCACUGCUUCGCGAGGGGUCCAAAUUGGGCUCCUACUACCAGCCCGGGGCUCUUCUGCUGGACCCGGAGGAUCGCGAGGUUCUUCUCACCCUGCUGCAGGGUUUGGCCUCGAUGACCUUCCAGCUCUCCUAUAAAUCAGCUGUGCUGAAUGAGUGGACCAACACACCACUGGUCCUCGCAGGCCUUUGCCCCCUCACGCCUGCCGACGAGCACCUUCUGAGCCCCAAGCGCAAGGAGUCUUGGGAUACAGUCUCACAGUCAUCUGGAGGGUCCGGAAGCUCAGAUUGGGCUCAGGAAGCGAUUCAGAGGGAGUCGAGGAAAGAGCAAAACGAGGGUUGUGAAACGAGCACUCCGCUUACCUCAUCAAACCUCAGUCUGAAUACGUCAGGAUCGCCACAGCUGUCCUCCAGCCUGAGCUCUGAUAGUCUGCUUCAGGGUCAGGAGCCCAGGAGUCCUGAAAAGGAACGCUGGAGUUGUGACAUGGAAAUCAGCCUCAAAGCACAACAGAACACCGUUACAGAAGAUAACAACUCCUCUAGUCAGGAUUUGAAGAAGGAAGACUUUGAUGCGUUCAUGCCAGCUCCAGAUAUUCAGCUCCAGAGUGACUCUGCCAAACAUGCCGUUGAUGGAAAAACGCACAUGGACACGGACACGCAUCUAUCGGAUGCACACAUCACAGAGGGAUCUAAAGCAUGCUCAGAAAAAAUAUCAGCUGAAGCGUUACUGGAGACAAAAGAAGGAACAACAGAAGAAUCCGAGAUUCUAGUUAAAAGCACAAGACUAAAAGUUAAACACGCAGUCACUGAGACUCAAGAAAGGGAGCAGAAGAGACAGAACAGAGUCUCGUCUGUUGAGUUCCCUUCAGUUUCUUCUGUUGAGAAGACCUCUGACCUCAGUAAAGACCCUGACACUGUUCUUCCUGAGACCUCUGCUGUCCCUAAUGCAGUAGAACAAUCAAGAAAUGCUGUAUGCAGACGUACCGCAAGUACCGUCAGCAGGAAAAUAUCAUCUGACUCUCUGUAUUCCUCUUGUAAAUCCACAUCUUGGAUAUCAGAGGAUGACUUUUACAAGCCAGAAGAAACGGGCAGUUCUGAAGCAUAUGCCGUCAUUGACAUCACGCAAAUGAACGAGCAGGUGACGCCCACCUCUGAACCGGACACCCUCCAGCCACCACCAAGCGUAGUGCACCGGAGACAGAACGGUCUUCCUAACCCGUUCAGGGGUUUGCUGAAGCUGGGUCAGCUGGAGCGCCGCAGUGCGGUGGGCAUGUGGUGGGAUUACUACUGCGAGCUCUCUCCGUUUGAGUUACGGCUUUACGUCAAUGCUGAGGAGCGCAUCUGCAAUGAAAACCUGUCCCUGCUGCGCUGCGAAGACGUCCACCUGUCCUCCGGCUCCGAGGGCCGUUUUCGGCUCUCCUUCCCAAGCAAAAGAAUCUACCUGCGGGCACCGUCUCGAGGGGAGGCUGAAGACUGGGUCGAUCGGAUCAUGGAGGCCAUCAGCAAACUACGUCCCAUGCCGAGAGACGAACAGUGGGAGGUGCUGCAUGCGUCCACGCCGUCCAGUGAUCAGGAAAUCCCCUCGCCAGCACCCUCAAGCCCUGAAAGUACCAUCUCAGAACUUCCAGAUGCCCCUCAGUUAGAUUGGACCCGUCAUAAGGACCCAGACCUAGAUGCCAUAAAGGAAGCGGUGGUCUAUCAGAACUUGGAGAAGGGUUGGCGGCCCCUUGUGCUUUCGCUCUCCCUGGAGACCCUCAAAGGUUACCAGGUCCAAGAUGACACCAAGACACCCCUUUUCUCGUACUCCAUUGGUAAGAUCAGGGAUGUGGUUCCAGAUGUUUCAUUAGGUAGUCCUGCGUUUUUUAAGAUUCUGACUGCGCGGGACAUACUGACACUGAGGGCAGAGAGCGGCGAGGAAGCCCAGGGAUGGAGAAGUCUGAUCAGAGGAGCGCUCGACUCGUAUCUGGAGACGGAUGAUGAUGGAGCGCUUCCGGGUGUCUCGUCGCCCCUCGGCGUCCACAAACUGGUUCAACACAGACUGAAGGGAGACGGGGAGCUGCUGUCUCACUUGUCCGAGGUCCCUAAGGAAAGAGGACUAGAUGCGCAAAAUUACAAAUGUGCAGGUUGCCCUCGGCAGAUCGGCGUGUCUUUCGGGAGAGCCAGACUCUGUGAGUUCUCAGGCCGGUACUACUGUGAUUCCUGUCACCAAGGAGACGCAACAAUCAUCCCCUCCCGCAUGGUGCACAACUGGGACCUAACAACACGCGAGGUCUCAAGACAAGCCUUAAAGUUGCUGACUCAAAUAGAGCACGAGCCGCUUCUGAACCUUGAUGUUUUGAAUCCUGACCUGUUUGAUCACACUGACACUGUGGCUAAAGUGCAAACCCUGAGGCAGAGACUUCGUUUCCUCGGAGACUACCUCCUCAUCUGCCGCAGCGGGAUCAGCAAACAUGUCCAACCCAGACUCCAGCAGAGGACUUAUUUAUUGGAUAACAGUGAUGUAUACAGUGUAUUGGACUUGCAGCAGAUAGCAGACGGGCACUAUGAAUCUUACCUGCAGUCUCUGAUUGAGUUCGGGUCCAAGCACGUGCACAACUGUGACCUUUGCACCCAGAGGGGCUUUAUAUGUCAGAUCUGCAACUCUGACAACAUCAUCUUCCCGUUUCAGUUUGACAGCACCUCCAGGUGUAGUGUCUGCAAGACUGUGUUUCAUUCCUCCUGUAAGGCCAAGUGUCCGGUCUGUCCACGCUGCGUUCGGAUACAAAAGUAUUUGGAGAGGGACUUGGAGGACUGAUUUAGAUUUCUAAGAAAACUGUCAUGUGCCAAGCUCUCUGUUGCUGUUGUGUCUACAGAGCUCAAAAUCCAGGGUUAGUACCAUGUUAUUGUAAAGUUAUCUUAUUUUUCUCAGUUAGCUGGCCAACUGGAAGCGCUUGAUCUGUAUUUCACACUAAGAGUUUAUUGGACUCUCCUUAAGUGCACUUAUUUACACAUACAUAUGUACAUAUUUACUCACAUUAGGACACCCAUGUACAUUCAUUCCUGAGAUGUCAACAAUGCCAAACAAACAAUGGUGGAAGAACUGUUAUUAAAGCUAUGAUUUUUGCUUUUUAACUUUAUAAACACACCAACAUUCAACGGUUAAUCUAUUUUUCUGGCUUUCACUAUUCUGCAUGUUUGUGUUUGGAAUCAUAAGUCUUAGUUCUCUCUCUCUUUGUUUUUGUUGUCGUUUUUGGUGUAGUCAUUAUUGAUUUAGUCCAGCCAAUAAAGUCAUAUUUAUGAAACUUAAGACAAUUAAAUGCCAAGGAUCUUAAAGUUUUUAUAUUUUCUUGAUUUUUUUCUUGUUUUACAUCUGAAUGUCUCAUGCCAAGUUUUAUAUGAAGCAUUACGAGUUUACAAUAAAUAUAUUAAUGUAUAUGCAGGAAUUGUACGUACCUAUUAAAGAAGGUGGUUAAUGAAAUUAUGAAAUGUACUAACACUUAAAACCUCCUUUAACGGGUCAUUUUUUGUACUAUGCUGUGCCUUUAUUUUCAUUUUUCAUUGUAGCGUUCAUUAUCACUAAAAUGGAUUGUUCCAAAAAUGUAACUAUUAAAAGCCAAUGUGAAUUAUUAAUAUAUGCCACGAAAUCAGAAAGUCUGUGGAUGAUAAAAAGGAUCAACUCUCUUUAUUUAUUUGAUUCUUGUUUUAAUGAAUGUCCAUUUUUAAUCAUUGAUCAUUUGCCUAUGAAGCUUGACUGCUGCCUCAUAAGCACUUGUUUUAUAUUGGAAACUGAAUGAGAGAGAUUACAUUUGAAUUCUUUUUGUUCUGUACUUUUUUUUUUGUUUGUUUUUAACAAUGCUGUUUUUCCUGAUAUUUUUAUGACAAGUUCAUUACAUCACCUGUUAAAGGAAAACUCCCAGAUGACGUUCUGUCUUUCUUAUCUUCUGUUUUUCCACUCGGGGCAGUGUCACCUAAGCUAAAGUCACUAAUUUUCUUUUAUUAAUAAUUCUUUCAGAGUAAAUGUUUUUAUCCUCAUAGUAAUGUGCAUUUAGUUGUUUAGCAAACGCUUUUAACUGAAGUGUUUCUAAAUAUUCAGUUUUUGUCAAUUUUGUCUGUGCUCCUGGGUGUUUAAAGCUGCUCUCUGUUCUCGUACUGUCUACUGGUGUAUGUUCGUGCCAAUGUAACUUAAAGAAAUCGUUUGCUAGAAUCAUCAGCUAUAGAAAGAUAGAUGUAUAUUUUUGCCUAACUUGUCAUUCUCAUCAAACCACAUCGCUCUGCAUUUGUGUCUGACUAGAUCUUCCUGUUUGCUUACCUCCUGGCAUUUUUUUUUUUGUCUGUGUUUGUUUCUUUCUGUCCAUCAUUUGUAUACACCAGUCUAUACCAAACAAACUCCAUCUAAAAAAUGUGGUUGUAAGCAUAUAAGAAUCUUGAAAUGAGUGCAACUUGUGUAACUAAACCUGGAUCAGUUUGAAUAAAUUAUUUUUACUUUAGAUAUAAA